UAGAGAGCAUACCUCUUGUGCAAGUUGUUUAAUACUGGUGUUUGAUAGGAAAUAGUCUAACCAGCAUGAAAUGUAAGAUAGGUAAACGCAUAAAACGCAGAAGCUAUGGGAAUAUUGAUUACUGAUAAUGCAGGCAAUCCUCCUGGUUGGUUCUGCCUUUGUGGCUUGCACUAUGGCUGGUGGGCUCGGUGGCCUCGGCUACGGUGGUUAUGGUGGACUCGGCUACGGUGGCUACGGUGGCUACGGGGGACUCGGCUACGGUAGUUACGGCGGACUAGGAUACGGUGGCUACGGUGGACUCGGAUACGGUGGCGGCCUAGGUGCCGGGAGAGUCGGUGUUGGCAGCAGCGUGACUUUGCUCAGUGGUGGACCUGGCUAUGCGAAAGCCGUGGCGGGGCCCGCCUUCCUCGUGCGCACUGUGCACCACGUGAACAAGGUACACGGCGGCGGCGCCAUCGUCGCUCACUCCGGCCUUGGAGGUGUCGGUGGAGGUCUCGGAUACGGUGGAGGCCUGGGAUACGGUGCUCUCGGCUACGGGGGAGGCCUGGGUUACGGAGUUGGUCUGGGCUACGGAGGCGGCCUCGGAUACGGAGGCGGGCUGAAAUAUGGAGGAUAUGCCCUGAAGGGAGUUCCUCUUAUCUGCCUCGCCGUGGUGGCUUGCGCCUCAGCUGGUGGCUUGGGAGGCUACGGAUACGGAGGCGGCUACGGAUUAGGCUACGGUGGCCUUGGCUACGGUGGAGGCCUUGGUGGAGCGGGCAUCGGCAGCAGCGUGGUUCUUCUCAGAGGCGGUCCUGGUUUCGGAAGAUCAGUGGCGGGGCCAGCCUUCCUUGUGCGUACUGUGCAUCACGUGAAUAAAGUCCAUGGAGGAGGCGCCAUCGUGGCCCACUCCGGGCUCGGAGGGAUUGGUGGCGGAAUCGGCUACGGUGGUCUCGGCUACGGAGGUGGCCUAGGAUAUGGCGGUGGUCUCGGCUACGGUGGUCUCGGCUACGGAGCUGGCCUGAAGUACGGAGGAUACGGCCUGAAGGGAUAGACGUCAUGUGGCCU